AUUUCAUUCCUCUCUUUGAAUAUCAGUAUCAACUCUUCUUCAUCGUUCUCUUUCACUGAUGGCUAAGUUUGAGUCAGUUCCAUUUGCUGUUGCUUCAAACCUCAUUCACAGGUUAGCUUCCCCAGAUUUUCUUGAAUUUGGACAGGAGUAUGGUGUGAUGAAAGAGUUGGAAGCGCUUAAGAAGACAAUUGGAUCUAUCAAUGAUGUGCUCCUUGAUGCUGACAACAAGCAAGAACAAGUUCGUGUGCGUAAUUGGAUAUCUGACUUCAAAGAAGCACUUCAUGCUGCAGAUGACUUCUUAGAUGACCUUGCUUUCCAAUUUAAGAGAGACAAAUUAGAUGCAGUACAUCAAAAAGGUCUAAACAAGUUAAUUAAAUAUUGGUCAUCUUCAAAACGAAUUGAUUCUCCCAUUCAAAUGACUCAAGAUAUUAAAAAAACACGAGAAAGUUUUGAUGAUCUAGUAAAAGAAACGAAGGAUUUGAAUUUAAGGCCAAGUUCUAUGGUGGUUAAGCAGACUGACAGUGAAUGGAGGGAAACUGAUAGUUCUGUGUUAGAAUCAGAUAUCAUUGGGAGAGAUGAUUGUAAAAAGGAGAUUAUUAGUCUGUUGAGACAAGCAUGUGAAAAGGAAAAAGUUUCUGUGAUUGCUAUUGUUGGCAUUGGUGGUUUAGGGAAGACAGCUCUUGCACAAUUGGUGUAUAAUGACUUGGAAGUGCAGAAAUUUUUUGAUAUGCAAAUGUGGGUGUGUGUCUCUGAUAACUUUGAUGUGAAAACUAUUUUGAAGAAAAUAUUAGAAUCAAUUAUUGGUGACCAAGUUGAAGACAAGUUAUCAUUAGGCAACUUGCAAAAAAAACUUCACCAAAAAAUAAGUGGUAAGAAAUAUUUGUUGGUCCUGGAUGACAUUUGGAAUGAGAGACAUGAGAAAUGGGCUGAAUUGAGAAAGUACUUAAUGUGUGGUGCGCACCAUAGUAAGAUUUUAUUGACAACUCGAAGUGAAAAUGUAGCAGAGGCAAUGACUGCUAGCCUUUCCUAUCCUUUGAAAGGUUUGACUGAUGAAGAAUCUUGGGAUUUGUUGAGGAACAUUGCAUUUAAGGAUGAUUCCAGAGGAGUGAAUCAAAAUCUAGAAUCAGUGGGGAAAGAAAUAGCAAAAAGAUGUAAUGGGGUUCCCCUGGCGGUUAAAUCGCUAGGAGGCCUGUUACGAGGACAAAAUGAAGAAAGUGAAUGGGAAGAUGUUUUACGUGGUGACUUCUGGGAAUUAUGUGAAGAGCAAGAUAGUAUUAUGCCCAUUCUAAAACUCAGUUACCACAUCUUGUCGCCAGAAAUGAGACAAUGUUUUGCUUACUGCUCUUUGUAUCCCAAGGAUUCAGAAAUUCUAAAGGAUGAGUUGAUUGAGUUAUGGAUGGCACAGGAUUACCUUAAAUGUUCAACUGUAAAACAGCGCAUGGAAGAUGUAGGUAAUCAAUUUGUAAAGAUGUUUUUGAUGAACUCAUUUUUUCAAGACGCAAAAAGAAGUGAUGAAUAUGGUGAGAUCAUUAGCUUCAAAAUGCAUGAUUUAAUGCAUGAUCUUGCAAUGCUUGUUGCUGGCAAUGAUUAUUGUUACUUGGAUAGUAAGGCAAAAAAAGUUGAAGGUAGUCCCAUGCACGUGUCAUUGAAAUCAGGUGCCGUUCAUUUGUUGAAAUCAUUAGAUCCAAGCAGGCUGCGAACUCUGAUUUUGCCGUAUGACAUUGUAGAGGAAGAAUAUUUGUGUGUUAUUGCAGAGUUCAAAUACUUACGCGCCUUGAGGGUGGCAGUUUCUUCCUUCUGCAAAUUGUUUGAUUCAACUGGAAUAUUUAAGCAUUUAAGAUAUCUUGAUAUUGCUGAUGAUGAAUCCUUGAGUGGGAUGGCAGCUGGGUUGGGAAAAUUGUGCUCGCUGCAGUCCUUACCAACCUUUGUUGUGGGAGAUAGCGAAGCAAAAUAUGGAACACUAAAUGAAUUGAGAGACUUGAACCUAAGAGGCAAAUUAGAAAUCAAGCAUCUCGAUCGCGUGAGAGACGUGGCUCUGGAAUCAGAGGAAGUAAAUUUAAAAGGAAAAAAAUUCCUUCAAUCCUUGACUCUAAAUUGGUCGCGUACAGACUUCCAUAACAGUGGCAGCUCAGAAUUAUUAGAAAACCUUGAGCCCCCCCAUAAUCUUAAGCGAUUGGAGGUGAGGUGGUAUCCAGGUGUGCUUUUCCCAGAAUGGUUUUCUCUCCUCAAAGAUGUUGUUGGCAUCACUCUCUAUGAGCUUGGUAAUUGUAGCUGUCUCCCACCUUUGGAACAUCUCCCUUACCUGAAGUCACUUGCGAUAGAGUGUCUUCGUGAAUUGGACUACAUAUAUGAAGAUGGUUAUGAAGAUGGUUUUGCAGUAACUUUCUUCCCCUCCUUGGAGAGCCUCACAUUAUUUGAUUGUCCCAAGCUCAGGGGAUGGCAGAGGCGGGGAGAUGAUAUUGAUUCACCUAAUCUCUCCUUACCUCUUUCAUUUCCUCAUCUUUCUCGACUAAGAGCCUCUUGUUGUCCCCAGUUGACUCGCAUGCCUACUUUUCCAAACGUUAAGAAUUUGGAUUGGUAUGAAUGCAGUGCGGAGCCAUUAAUAGAAACACUAAACACAACAGCGUCAACAUGGUCAGCUGACUCAUCUUCCUCUGCUGCUGCUCUUUCCAUGCUCAAACAAUUGACGAUUUCUAGUCCUAUGAAUUUACCAGAGGGUUGGAUGCAAAAUCUGACUUCUCUCGAGUCUCUCCAAAUUGGAUGUGAAAGUGAAACACUUGAGGAAUUGGACAACAACAACUGCCUUCCCUGUUCUCUGCGAAAAAUCAACUUGUAUUGGUGUAGAAGGCUAAAUUCUUUGCCAGAUUGGAUUUGCAACCUCUCAUCGCUGCAGCAUAUCACAAUCUCACACUGCCCAGAAUUGGCAUCGUUACCCGAAGGAAUGAGUGGUCUUACCAACUUAAAGAUCUUUGAGGUCGUGGAUUGUUCCCUCUUACUUGAAGAAUGCCGAACAGAGACAAGUGCUGUUAGUCGCCAAAUCGCACACAUCCCACAAAUUAUCCUUACGGAACGUACGGAUUGACCAUAGGUUGGGUUUGAGAGCCGUGUGAUGGGUGACUAUCCGGCACGGUUCGGAGAGCACUUUUAGUCUGCAUAGGUGAAUGGAAGCCCUUCUAUCAAGCAAGCAAGAAGCCGCUAUUCCCAUGGCAGAGUCAUCGUUUACUCUAUUCAUUAUUACGGUAAAUUAGUGUAUCAAGAUGUCAAUCUGAGAUCUUAUUCGGAGUGUACAUUUGUUUCAAAGAUAAAUACAAAUUAUCCUAAUAAUAUAUUUAAUGCU